AUGCAUGAACUUAAGGAUACAAAAACAAGUGGGGUUAUCAUCAAGUUGGAUUUUGAAAAAGCGUAUGAUAGAGUUAAUUGGAAUUUUUUAGAGGAAGUUCCUCAUAGAAAAGGGUUUGAUAUGAAAUGGAUUCAAUGGAUGAAUAAAGUUGUUAGAGGGGGAAAGGUGUGCAUUGAUCUGAAUGGUGAAAGAGGGGACUAUUUUAGAAGCUUCAAAGGACUUAGACAGGGUGAUCCAUUGUCUCCACUGUUGUUUAACCUUGUAGCAGAUGCCCUUUCUGCUAUGUUAUCGAGAGCCUGUGCUGCUGGGAUGAUUAAGGGGCUUGUACCACACUUAGUUGAAGGAGGGUUAACACAUUUACAGUAUGCUGAUGAUACUAUUCUGCUCCUGCAGUUUGAUUUACAAACUUUGCGAAAUGUAGUAAUUUUAUCUUGCUAUGAGGCUAUGUCAGGAAUGAAGAUAAACUUUGAGAAAAGUGAGAUUUUCUCAGUAGGUUUGUCUGCAGUGGAGAUGAAUGUUGCAGCAGAGAUGUUGGGAUGUAAAAGUGGAGUUCUUCCGAUGAAAUAUCUAGGAAUGCUGGUUAGUUGUCAUAAGAUAUCAAAAGCACAAAUGAGUUAUGUUUGUGAGAAGACAGAGAAAAGACUGGGAACUUGGCAAUGUGAGUAUCUGUCAUCAGGGGGAAAAUCCGUUUUGAUUGAUUCUUGUCUGUCUAGCUUACCCAUGUACACGAUGGGUGUGUAUCAGUUAUAUGAAGGCAAUUUUCAGAGGUUGGAUUCUAUUAGAGCUAGAUUCUUCUGGGAAGGGACAAGUAAGAAAAGGAAGUAUCAUAUGGUUAAGUGGGGAGCUCUAAACAGGCCGAAGCAGUUUGGAGGUCUUGGUUUUAUGGACAUUAGAGUUAUGAAUACUUGUUUACUUGGUAAAUGGAUUGACAAGCUUGAAAGAGGAGAUAAUAGUUUGUGCUGUAACAUAUUGAGAAACAAAUAUUUGGGUCAUAAAAGUAUUUUCCAAGUUAGAAAUAGGAAGGGCUCUCAAUUCUGGAAAUCUUUGUUGGAUGUCAGAAAGUGGUUUCAAAUGGGAAGGUGUAUUAGGAUAAAAUCAGGGAUGCAAACAAGGUUUUGGCAUGAUUGUUGGUUAGGAGACUGUGUACUGAAAGUAACCUUUCCUAACUUGUUUCAUAUUGCUGUUCGCCAAGACCUGGAGGUGGCAGAGGCAUGGGUGGAAGGGGCGUUGUGGACCAUCUGGAAGGCGCGCAAUGAUGUGGUGUUUAACAAGAAGACGAUGACUUCCCCGGUGGCAAUCAUUUACAAGACGUUGAUGGUGGUGAAAUCUUGGCGUCCGCUCUUGAAGCCCAAUCUGAAGCCUGUGGCGAACGAGAUGAUAACUCUAGUUGCUUCUAAUGCCAAUGUGGCAAUGUAG